GAGCGCAUUCGCAAACUACAGCCAAACCAUCCACUCAAUCAAGACGAGCAGAUUCAUUUUAUAAACAUAAUAUUUCAACAUGUCGUGGGCGGGGUUCAAGAAGAAUGUUGGCCGCGCGACGACGCAGGUUAUGAUGAAGACGGGGCACGUGGAAAAAACAAAUGACCGUGAUUACGAAGUCGAAGAGAGACGAUUCAAGACCAUGGAAGCAGCUGCUUUGCGACUACAAAAGGAAUCAAAGGGUUACCUCGAUUCCCUCCGAGCCAUGACCGCUUCGCAAAUGCGAAUCGCCGAAACGAUAGAUGCGUUCUAUGGUGACUCAGGCGCGAAAGACGGCGUUAGCAGGAGUUACAAACAGGCAGUCGAAGAUCUCGACGCCGAAACCAUCAAAGCCCUAGACGGCCCAUACCGAACCACUGUCCUCGACCCCAUCACACGAUUCUGCGCUUAUUUCCCCGACGUCAACGAGGCGAUCAAGAAGCGCGCGCACAAGUUGCUCGACUAUGACGCCCUCCGCGCAAAAGUAAAGAAGCUCGCCGAGAAGCCCGACAAGGACGCCACCAAGCUACCCCGUACCGAGAAGGAAAUGGAGAUGGCAAAGGCCGCUUACGAGCAGCUGAAUGAGCAGCUGAGCACCGAACUACCCCAACUCAUCGAGCUCCGAGUGCCAUACCUAGACCCUACCUUCGAAGCUCUCGUCAAGAUCCAGCUGCGUUUCUGUGCAGAAGCCUAUUCGCGUAUGGCGCAGGUGCAACAGUAUCUGGAUGCUGACACGAGAGAUCAGUACGCUGAGGGGCAACUGGACGCCAGGGUGGAGCAGGUGUUGCAGGAGAUUCGCGAGUUGAGCAUUAGCGGUACGGUAUAGACUUUGAUUUGGAUUUUACAUCUCAUCAGGAUUCGGGAACGGCGUAUGGAACAGGUGCUUGUUGUUUGUAGGCAUGUGCUAGUAUCAUGAAGAUUCAUGAGAAAAUAGAUGCGAGCCCUUAUUGGGCUUUAUCACGUUCUACUGUAUAUAUAGGCAAUUCAUUUGCUAUAAUUUUAUUAUCAUGCGCUUUGCUUUUGGGCGAACGCUUGGUAUCGUUCACUAUUCAGUUUCGUAGCUUCUUCUACUGCCGGAUGGCUCAUAUUGAGCUGUAGAAUAAAACCCCCUCCGGUCUUCCCUCAACUGGACUAAGACUGGCUUAGUCGGUGGUAUUGACAUCCGAUUCAGAUCCUGCAGACUCAGGCUUCUCUUCGUUUGGCAGCUCAACCUCUGGCAUAUCAAUCUUUGAAUCCUCACCCUCAUCUUCACCCUCAUCUUCACCCUCAUCCUCAUCCUCAUCCUCGGAAUUUUCAACUUUCAAGUCCUUGCCCUUUCGGUCGUUACCCUUUGGUUCUUUGUCCUUUGGGCCGUUAUCCUCGGGGUCAUUAUCCUUUGCCACAUUUGCUUUUGGCACAUGAAUCUUUGACAACUGAAUCUUUGACACCUGAAUCUUUGACACAUGAGUCUUUGACACCGACUCCUUUGGCUUCAUGGCCUCUGGUUUCACUGGCGCCGGAUUCUCUGCCUUUUGCUUCCCCUUCCCUUUCGAACCCUCCAUCUUCGACUCUUCAAACUCUUCCGACUCUUCAGACUCCGGGUUUUCAGUUUCAGGCUUUGCAUGCAUGACGGACGCCACCUAGUGUCCGACAUUAAAGCCAUUCGCUGUCCCAAAGAGAUCGCUUAGACUCAGUCGCCUGCCCAUCGCCUGCAUGGCGGGGCCAGCUUCAGGUCCUUGUGUAGUUUCGACAGGACCCGCAGAGCGCGCAAUUUUCCAAGCUUCUUGGAUAAUGGCGGCGUUCAUCUCUCUCGUCUCAUCCUUGUCGUUGUGGAUCCAAACUCCCAGGACCUUGUCGCCCUCCUCCCAGUCGCCCUCGACCUUCAUGAUGACAAGCUCACCAGAAACUUCAGCAUGGGAUACCCGUGAGAGAUCCACAAUCACAUUAUCAAGUCCUCUUCUGUUGAGAACAAACACGCAAGCUCGUGGUUGUUGGGCAGGAUCCUCGGAAGAUGGACUUUGCGCGCAGACAAACAUAGUGCCUUCCACGCCAGACUUCUCCCAGCUCUCAGAGGCGCUGUUGAAGGUGUAGAUGACAGCGUUGGCUGCUAUGCUGAGAAUGGUGUGGAUAGAGGGGAGAUAGCGUUGGAGGACGGAAAGGUUGAGUUCGGUGUUUGUGCGAGGAGGCGGGGGCGCGUAGUCGUUAUGUAUGGCUGCAGCAUCGGAUUCGUAGUCUGAAACUGCAGGUAUGCGGUUCGAAGGCUGGCGGCUGUGUCGCGGCUUUCGUGGUGUUUGUCGACUCAUGAUGAUGGUUGUGGUGUUUUGAGGUUGGGCACAAUUCAAUGCUUGUCAGACUUUGGUAGCUAGUCCAGGGAACUUGAUCGUUAGGAAAAUAUCGUUUUAUUCUGUUUGAAAGACCUGUCCGAAAAGACGAUCGACUAUGGUGUGAUCGACGCUGGGUUGUGG